AUGAAGUUGGAGGCGCGUUUCAACUCUGACUCACGUUUCAAACUUGACGAAAAGUUUGUUUCUAGCGGAAGCGAAGAUGAGGACGAGGAUGAAGUCGUCCAAGAAAGAUCCAAGCAACUAGAAGUCUUAUCGAGAGUUUUGGGCAGUACUGUUAAACCUCAAAAGAAAACCCUCAAGUCUUCUGAAAAGGAUGCUAAAGGUCAUGCGAAAGUCCGCCCUUUCACGAGGUUCGAUCCCUUCAACGAGGAGCAUGUUCGCUGGUUGAAGAAAGAAGAGGAGCUGAGAAAUGGAGCGAACGAUGAAGACAGCAACGAUGAACACGUCGUACUGAAUGAAAGUGAAGGAGGCCCGAUAAAAAAUGGCAUUCAUUAUGAGAUGCAGCCUGAUUUUGCUGAAGAGCUGAAAGUGCGCUUAGCUGGUGAGGCUUCAGCUGCAGAAUCUUCCAACGCAAAUGGUGGCUUCUCGUUUCUGGCGAUGAAGAUGAAGAUGAUCUUGGAAAGCGUUCAGGACGACGACGGUGUUGAUACAAAGGUUGUAGUUCCUGUUAACCCGAAGUCUUCCAGUUUGCAACUUCAAAGCGAACCACAGCCGCUGAGCGGAUAUGUUCGCUGUGCGGCCGCAAAACCCACCGAGACGUCUUCGCAGAAGAACUACAAACAUCUACGGAAAGCGGCGCUCAAGGAAAACCGGCAGAAUCUCAUGCAGAGUAACGGGAAAAAUAAGGAUAAGAAAGGCUUGACGUUCCCUAAAAAGAGAGACAGUCAGUUCAUGGAUGAAAUUCUCAGUGGGCAAAGCAGGAAGGUACCAGAGUUCUAUCAGACACUAGGUUGUGACAGAAACAGUUCGUUAGAACAGAUCACUGCCGAGUACCGAGCCCGCGUUAAAUAUCUUCACCCUGAUAAACUCGAUGAAGCUGAUCCGAUAAAACAUGAGGAGUAUCUGCGACUGCAGUCGGCCUAUGACACGCUGUCUGAUGAGGAGGAACGACGCUGUUACGAUGCAUGGUUGGAUUGUUUGCUUCCUCUCAGCUACGAGGAGUUCAAGAGGAAUAAGGACGCUCUAAAAGUGAAGGAAACACCGAUGAUAUCGUCGUCAAACGCUGCGGUGCAAGUGACAUCUACGGAACCAGACAAAAAGUUCUCAAGAUGGGAAUCAGAGAGGCUCUGGUGUGGCCAAUACUGUCGGGGUUUUAUGAACGCGUAUUCUCUGGACGGUCUGGUUAUAGUAGCGCUUCUAGUAAUUUGUUCGUGUGCCUAUCUUAAACGAGUGCCUCGAAUAAACAGCUGGUUGCUUUCUGAGAAGAAGGGGUUUUUCGGAGUCUUCUACAAGGCUUCGGUCAUUGGAGUACGCUUGCACUCCUUCGUUUCUGCUGCCUGUUUCCUAGCUGCUGGAUAUACGUUGUUCAUCAGAUAA